UUAUAAUUUACUGCUCUAGAACUUAGAGUAGCUAGUGUCUUCGAUUAGAGAGAGAGAGAGAGAGAGUGAGAGAGAUAGAAGAAAGAACUAGAUAGAGCUAGCUGAUCGAGUUGGGAAAGAAACAAAUUUAGAGAGCUAGUUUUAGUUUGCAAGAAAGACAAACUGGUGAAUAAAAUUCUCUUUCCCUUUUAUCUUUAUCUUCCUAGCUUCAUCCCAUGUCAACUAUCACAGGCAGUGGUGUUGGGAGCUUCUCUUCUGGAAAUACUACCAGUGCUGACGAAGUACUUCAACAACAACAACAAGAGCUACUGAAUCACUUCCAUGGCUCCGAUUCUCUUCAGGAAAUUACAGUCAAUGGUACUUCUGCAACUCAACAACAGCAACCUCCACCAGCCAAGAAGAAAAGAAACCUACCAGGAACUCCGGAUCCAAGUGCUGAAGUGAUAGCCUUGUCACCAAAGACCCUGAUGGCAACAAACCGAUUCGUGUGUGAAAUUUGUAAGAAAGGGUUCCAAAGAGACCAAAACCUGCAACUGCACCGAAGAGGCCACAACUUGCCAUGGAAGCUUAAGCAAAGAUCAAGCACUGAAAUCCGGAAGAGGGUCUAUGUUUGCCCCGAACCCUCAUGCGUCCACCACGAACCCUCCCGGGCACUCGGAGAUCUCACCGGGAUCAAGAAGCACUUUUGCCGGAAGCACGGUGAGAAAAAGUGGAAAUGUGAUAAGUGCUCGAAGAAGUAUGCUGUGCAAUCGGACUGGAAAGCUCAUUCUAAGACCUGUGGUACCAGAGAAUACAAAUGUGACUGUGGAACCGUCUUCUCCAGAAGAGAUAGCUUUAUCACCCACAGAGCUUUCUGUGAUGCCAUAGCUGAAGAAAACAAGACAUCAGUUCAAGGACAAGGAGUAGUACUAAUGUCCAACAACUUGGGACAACAGAACUUACAACAAGGCGGCCAACUAGUGUCCGGCGGCGAGCUCAUGAUCCCGGCCUCAGUGCCGAUGAGCAACACCGAAACAGCUACCGCAAACCCAUCAACAAGUAGCAAGACAUCGAAUCACUUUGAUCAUUUCGACACCAAGAACCCUAAUUUAACCCUAGUGCCCCAAGGAGUCCCCUCAAACAUGUUGUUGUCAUCACCGAGAAGCGGCCUGCACAACAAUUCAUUGUCAUCUUCAACAAGCAGUGCAUUGUUUCAUAAUCACCUCGGGCACCAAGUACUACUCCCCAGCUCAAUCUCCGGUCACUUGUCGGCGACCGAGUUGCUCCUGAAAGCGUCUCAAAUGGGUGCAACAAUGAGUAGCAAUUAUAAUUCUAGUGGUAUGAGCAUGGCACCCUCAACCUAUGGCGACUUUUCUAGGUACGUGAAUAACCAGUUCAUGCAGCAAAAAAACGGUAACAAUAUUCCGGUACAACAGACCUCGUCGCAGUUUUUUGGUGCUAGUAAUGGGAAUAUGGGAAUGUUUAGUGGGCUAUUAUUUGAUCAGAGCAAUCGGGAAUUGAUGAAGAACAUGGAGCAAAGCGUCAAUGGCAGAAAUAAUAAUAACAACAAUAAUAAUACUAGUAACGGUCUCAGCUUGCAUGGUAAAAAUGUGAGUAGAGGCGGAGAUACGAUGACCGUAGACUUUCUGGGGGUUGGAAGAGAAAGAGGAGGUGGCGGAGGAGGAGGAGGAGGAGGUAACAGACCAGAAAGUUUUCAUGAUCAUCAACAAAGACAAGUACUCCAUGAUGAGCAGCAACGACAAAUUAAGCAGCAGGAAGAGGAUGAUAAUCAAUCGGCCACGAACUUUGGUUGGAGCUGGGGUUGAUGAACUAUAUAUUGCGUUUAAUCUUCAGAAGAAUAUAUGCAAGGUGGUUUGGCUGAUGAUGAUGAUGCAUCAGUUUCAACAUGAAACUAGCAAUGGAAAAGCACAUGUGAGGAAAACUGAGCAAGAGAUCGAUCGAGAGCUAGUUUUUGUACUGACUAGCUUAGAUGGCUGGUAAUUUUUCACUCGAUGUACGUGUUGUUUUCUUCUUCUUUAUAAUUUCAUGAUCAAACAAAAAUGAGCUGUUAUUUUGUUUUAAUCUCCAAAUCUCUCAGGGUGAGUAUUAUCAAUAAUCCACAAAAAUUGAAAUUGUAUG